UUAAACCCUGACUAAAACGUUGAAGGGUUUUCAAUUUCAUCUUGUCUCAAAGACUCAAACCCAGUAAAAGGUUUCAAGGACUCACUCCUAAGUCUUAAUAAUGAAGCUUCUUAGCUCAAAUCCAUGGCGUGUCUAUGGCAUUUCAAGGGUUUUGGGUGUGUUCUUCUACUCCACAAGAACCCUAGCAAGACCUUCACCCCCAAUCGACUCUCUGUACAGUCGGGUAUCGCGGGCCGGAGACCCUAAGGUUUCGAUCAUUCGAGUCAUCGACCAAUGGCUCGAAGAAGGACGACAAGUCCAACAAUCUGAUAUUUUAAUGAUGAUCAAACAGCUUCGCAAAUUCCGUCGCUACUCACAAGCUCUUCAGAUAUUCGAAUGGGUCAGUGACCAAAGGCACCAUGACCUGUCUCCUGGAGAAAUUGCAAUUCGACUAGAUUUGAUCUCAAAAGUUCAUGGCCUAGAAGAAGCAGAGAAGUAUUUUGAUAGCAUCCCAAACACUUUAAGAGUCUAUCAGGUAUAUGGUGCUCUUUUAAAUUGCUAUGCAGAAAAUAAAUCUUUGGAUAAAGCAGAGGCCACCAUGCAGAAAAUGAGGGAGCUAGGUUUUCUGAACACAUCUCUGUCUUUUAACGUUAUGUUAAACCUCUAUUCUCGGAUGGGUAAAACUGAGAAACUACACAUUCUAACGCAAGAGAUGGAAGAGAAGGGCAUUGAUUGGGAUAUGUUUACAUUUAAUAUCAGGUUAAAUGCUUAUGUAGCCAUGUCUGACAUCAAGGAAAUGGAGAGGCUUCUAACAAAGAUGGAAGCUGAUCCUCUAAUCACCAUCGAUUGGAAUUCUUAUGUUGUUGCAGCAAAUGGCUACUUGAAAGCCGGCCUACAUGAAAAGACUUUGGAGAUGCUGAAGAAAGCGGAGCAACUCGUUAGCAAUAAAACAAGGAAGAUUGCUUAUGAAAUCUUCCUUACUCAAUACACUGCUAUUCAAAAUAAAGACGGGCUUUACCAUAUUUGGAAUUUGUACAAAAAUAUGGGGAGAUUCUACAACUCUGGCUAUCUUUGUAUGAUCAGCUCAUUACUGAAGCUAGAUGACAUUGAUGGUGCUGAGAAGAUCUUGGAAGAGUGGGAAUCUGAGAAUACAUUCUUUGACUCUCGGAUUCCACAUCUGCUGAUCUCUGCUUAUUGCAAGAAGGGUCUUCUUGAAAAGGCUGAAGCAUAUAUGAACAGGCUUAUAGAGUGUGGGAAGGAGACAGAAUCAACCAAAUGGGGUCGACUUGCAACUGGAUAUCAUGUACAUGGUCAGACGGAAAAGGCAGUGGAAACAAUGAAGAAAGCAAUCUUGGCAAGUCAGCCAGGAUGGAUGCCCAACCGUUUUACUUUGGCUGCAUGUCUUGAAUACUUGAAAGGGAAUGGGGAGGUGGAAGUGGCAGAGGAGAUCUUGAGGUUACUUAGAGAACAUGUUCAUUUCUCAACUGGAAUUUAUGAAAGAUUACUAAAUUAUAUUCACAGUGAAAAUACGGAUUCCAGAGCCUUUGAUCAUAUGAAAGCAGAUGCUCGGACGGAAGGGGAUGAUCAAGAUCAGGAGGGUGAGAUUCAAGGGGGUAAUGGAUCCCAAGCCUGAUGGCAGCAGCUGAGUUAUAUGUAAAGCUAUGCGAAGUAUUCAAAUGAUUGCUAACACAAAUGAUUAAUUGUCUAA